UUUAAUCUUUAGGAAUUAAAACAACCCAAAAAUAUUUGCAUAUGGAAUAAAGAGAAUUAAAGUUAUAAAUUUUAAAACAUAACACGGCAACACACUAGACCAGAUUUCUGUCAUUUGGACGUUUUAGUAGUAGAAUAUUGGUUGGCAGCCCGUACAAAGUGUGACUUUAGUAGCAGAAUAUUGGUAGUGUGAUUUUAGUAGUAGAAUUUUCGAGGCAACCCGUACCAAGUGGGAUAUUUUUGCGUGUGUAUUAGUGAAAAUCUUAGGAUUAGUUACUUGUAGAUGUAUACAAUGGUUUAAAGUAAUUGUUUCUUGUUGUAAAGAUUUACACCGCAUUUAAAAACGAAAUGGCAAAUAUAACAUCAAGAGUUUUUGCGGCAAUGCAAAAUUUGGAUAUCGCCGCUCUUUCCACUUAUCCAUCUCAUGAAAUACGUCCGGUGUUACCUUCGCUAGUAAGAAUGAGUUUGCUGUCCCCUCUUGAUAAUACGGAGUCAUCAAUGGAAUCGCGAAAACAAAUUUUAGCUGUUCUUAUUGGGAUAGAGGUUGUAAAUAGUAUAGUUUCAUACUUGCAAGUGAAUUACCAUGAAUUAGAACAGGAAUUAAAAAAAGAGUUGCAAGCACGGCAGAAGUCGAUGUACUUCGAAGGACAGCAGCAUGAAUAUGGUUUACAAACCGGUAUAGCUCUUGGAUUUGAGCGCGCCGAUGUUACUCGAAAGGUGCGAGUUGUUUUAUCUGAGAUUUUUAAUAUUCAAUGGCAAUUAUCGGAUCAAAAAACAUUUUUGCAAUCAGAGAUUCUAGACGAUGGAAUCUAUUUGGAGGAAGUUGUUGAUAUUUUAUGUAUUGCCUUGGCGGAACUUCCUUCAUUAUUGAAUAUUUUGGAAUUAACUGAUGCACUGGUACAUGUGCAAAACGGACAACGUAUUAUUUGCGCUUUAGUCGCAAAUUUUCCUGAUUGUUACAGGGAUGUGGUGGCUCAUGUUAUUCUCAAUUGUGAUGAAGAAAGUAAUGAAGGUAAACUAAAACUCUCAUUAUUAAUGGCGCUAAACGAAAUGAACCCAUCCCAAGCAUUGCCAACGCGGUCUAUAUGUGUAGAGAUUUUAAAAGUUCCAUCUUUUAUGCUCAAACUUUGUUUAAAGUUUCCCGAAGACUUGGUGGCCUUUCUCACUGGUAUGCUACUCGGCAACGAUCAAAAUAUUCGGACGUGGUUUGCUAUUUAUAUAAGGUCCAGCCAAAAAAGAAAGAGCGACGCAUUGAAUUUAGUACGAGCAGAGCUUUUGCAACAGUUGCAAAAAAAUGUGCAAAAAUCCUUAAAUCCAGGAAGUGGGGAAGAUUAUACUGUCCAAGGCGUGGUGUUAAUGCGUUUAUAUUGCGCCCUACGAGGAAUAGCUGGAUUAAAAUUUAACGAUGACGAAGUCAAUAUGUUAACUCAACUAGUUACUAGCCGCCCAAAACCCACACAAUCUGGACUUCGAUUCGUCUCACUGGCCCUUUGUAUGCUCAUUGCGUGUCCGUCUCUUGUAUCUACAACUGCUCUUGAAAAUAAAUCAGUUGAAUGGCUACAAUGGCUUAUAAAGGAAGAUAAAUUUUUUGGUAGAAAGUCAGACACGUCUGCAUCGCUGGGUGAAAUGUUGCUCUUGCUCGCAAUACAUUUUCAUAGUAACCAAAUAACUGCCAUCAGCGAAUUGGUUUGCUCUACUUUAGCCAUGAAAAUUCCUAUUCGUCCAAAUAGUACAAAUCGUAUAAAACAAGUUUUCACCCAAGAUCUAUUUACUGAACAGGUGGUUGCAUCUCAUGCUGUUCGCGUGCCAGUUACACCUAAUUUAAAUGCAAAUAUUUCCGGUUAUCUUUCGGUUCAUUGUAUACAUCAGUUAUUAAAAUCUCGAGCAUUUCUAAAGCAUAAAGUUCCUAUUAAACUAUGGAUUUACAAGCAAAUAUGUAGUUCUGUGCGACCAGUUCAUCCUGUAAUGCCAGCUUUAAUAGAAGUUUAUGUUAAUUCGUUAAUAGUACCGAAUCCGUUGGGGAAAAUCAAUGUGGAUCACAUGCAUAAGCCGUUCUCUGAAACCGAAAUUUUGCAUAUAUUUAAAUCAUCGAAAGCUACUACUUUUGAUAGCAAAAAUCUCUUUGGAGCCACCCAAACUCUUUCGUUUGGUGCCACAACCGCAGAAUUGGAGGAAAUAAUAGGAAUUGAAGUAAAAUGUAAUUUAACGGCUCAACUACUUAUCCUGUACUAUUUGGUUCUUUAUGAAGAUACUCGUCUUUCUAAUACACACAGUCAGUCUACCGCCGUAAGAAAAAUAAAAGAGUAUUCUAAUAACUUUUUGGCAGAACUUCCUAUGAAGUAUUUGUUGCAGAAAGCGGAACAAUAUCAAAAUGAUUAUGCUGGUCUAUUCCAUCCAUUACUUCGCUUAAUUAUUUCCAAUUAUCCCCAUUUGAGCAUGGUUGACGAUUGGAUGGAGGAGCACUAUAUAUCUAAUCCGGUUUUACCGAAUCUCAUGGUAAAUAAACAAAUUGAACGUGCUCUUGUCAUUAAGGCGCUUGAAAAAAUAAGAACGAAACCGGCAAUAGCAAUACGGGUUUUUAAAGCUCUUUUAAAGCUGCCUGCUGAAGACCUGGCGCAAUAUACAGAUCUAAUAGUUGAAAACAUGUCAAUAGUGUUUCAGAAAAACGUUCCACGAAUUAUUCAAGAACUCUAUAAGGAUAUAUGGUUACGACUUAAUUCUGUAUUACCUACUAGCUUUUGGAAAAUGUCCUUAAAUUCUGUAAUGAAUGCGGAUACUGGUGCUACAAGAUGUACAUAUGUUAAUGAAGAUUUGUUGGAUCCAUUACAGGUUCUAAGGUGCGGUAAACAUGUGUUUUACUCUCCCUACACCUUAAUGAUACUGCUGCGGAUACUUCAAGGCAGCUUGGCCGCAUCUAAAGCUUUUCUCAACAUACAAAUGCCUUCCAAACAGAUAUUGGAUAAAAAUAUUCUGUUACAAAGUGAUACCGAUCGCGAGGAAUUGAAGACAGCAUUAAUUGCGUCUCAGGAGAGCGCAGCUGUACACAUACUUCUGGAGGUUUUAGCAGAUAUGAAUAAAAAUGCAAAGGACACGGUAUCAACGUUUUCGUUACGAGAAACGCAAGGCAUAAUAUGCUCAUUUAUACAUCAGGCUUUUAUAUCCGAACCUUCUUUAGCUAAACUAGUUCACUUUCAAACAUAUCCCCGAGAAGUUAUACCAAUGAUGGUAAUGGGAGUCCCUUCAAUGCAUAUAUGUAUCGAUUUUUUGCAUGAAUUUCUCAGUAUGCCGGAAAUGGAUAAACAAAUUUUCACAAUCGAUUUAGCAUCACAUCUCGUUCUUAAAUACGCUAUACCCAAGAGUUUAAGUGUUUCAAAAUUCUGUAUUAACACAGUCCAAUCUUCCUUAUCCCUACUUUCCACGCAUGCUAAGUGCAAAUUUUUAAGCAACGUUCUUCCGGCCCUUAUCCGAUUCGCGGAAGCUUUCCCAAUUUUAGUUGACGACUGUAUUAAUAUUUUGAUGUCAACUGGAAAGAGUUUGCAUUCACAGGGAACUUUAGGUAUUAACUCAACACAAAUGCAACUUACAUCAAAUACAAAACAAAAAUGUUUCAAGGAUACACAACAAUAUAUAAGCAUGAUAGAGGAAGCUUUUGAAACGCUGAUUACUAAAAUUGUGAAUAAAGUUGAACUGUACUGAAACUGUUCCACAAACGUGAAUAAUCAAUUCCAUUUAAAAAAUACUAGCAGUUAAUAACAAUAAAUAAAUAGUAAACAACAGUGACUACUUCGCUAUUUUAAGGUUUCUUAAUAAUUUUAAUAAAAAAAGAUAUAUUAAUUUGAACCUUUAGUUUUUAUUAAAAUUGUAUUACCAAUGUCAUAUAAAGGAAUAACAUCUAUUAUUUACACUUUCACAAUUUGUUGCACAUAAAACGAACCCUGAUAUAUGUAUGUAUAAAGGAUUGUCCGGAUCCAAAUGAUCAGGAUGAUGAGACGAGUUGAUGAAAUUUGGAUGUCUGUUAUGUGCGUUAUUUCGCUAAAGUAAAAAGCCAGAAGCCAUAAUUUUAUUUAAAUGUGGCCAACAGAGCUGUAUGUGACUUGUUAAAUUAUUUGACAAUCCAUCACUUUUAGAUGGAAUAAAAUUCAUAAAAAUAUGAACAUGAAAAUAUUGUAUCCAUAAGUUAUAAUUAUAUAUAGAAAUUUAUAUUUUUGAGACAUGUACAUUAGUAUACAAAUAUACAACAUAUGUAAACCAUAAAUUGAAUAAAAAAAUACAGUCCACUGAAUGUCAAGUGCUAUGAUAGGCUAUAAAAUUCGAAUAUAAAACUUUGCUAAUAAAAUUGUUAAAAACAUUAUUUAUCGAAAGAAACACAUAAAUUACAGUGUACUCGUAUACAUAAAUACAUACAAACAAAUUUACGAUACAUAUUGAACAUUAAAAUAUGAACUACACACAUACACAUGUAUUACAAAUAAAAACAACCGUAUAUUGUAUGAAAAUAUACAAGAUACAAAACAUACAUACACAAAAUUAGCAACUGAUAAAAUGCGUUAGCUGCACUUCACACAGGGAACGUAAAUAUUU